AUGGCAUUGUGUACGUUCGAUGAGCAGAGUCGCACCUGGUACGGUAUCCAAAAGGAGCCGAUCUACAACCCCAAGGCGAACGUAGGCGAGAUCCUCAACCAUAUCCUGGCUCGCACACCCGAUCAGAUUAUCCAGAUCGAUAUGGAUACGAGCGAACGGAUGAGUUGUACCGCGUUCCGCACGCGAAUGAUUCGUUUCGUGCAGAACUUAACGGAUGCUGGUCUGCGCAAGGGUGACAUCGUGGCGAUGGCAAACGGAAACAGUGAGAAUGUAGCUCCGCUCGCAUGCGCACUGAUGACGCUCGGGGCACCGUUUAAUCCGUUGGCACCGGGGUUCAAUGAGGCGGAUAUGGCACACAUGUUGCAUCUUACCGAACCGAAAAUGAUAUUCUGUGACGAGAGCAAUUUUGAUGUAGUUUCCAAGGCCGCCUGUACAGUAUUCGACAACGAGCGACCAAUCUAUGUGUUUGAGAGCUCGCGAACAAACGUGAAACACGCGGAAGAUCUACUCAAACCAACUGGCCGGGAGGAACAAUUUGUCCCACCACAUCUGGGCGAUUCGCAAGAGCUGCUAUCGAUGAUUCUUUGCUCGUCGGGCACUACGGGACCACCGAAAGGUGUGUGCGUGACGCACGCACAGACAAUCGCCGCGAUUGGUUCCAAUCCCAACUCAACCCCAAUGACGGUGUUCAACUUCAGUCCACUCUACUGGGGCACCGGCAUCUACCUGCUGCUCAGCACGUUCUCAAGCGCUUCGACACGCCUGAUCACGCGCCGUCCAUUCUCGGCGGAAACGUUCUUCGAAGCGGUGGAGAAGUACCGUGCCAACAUGGUGUUCAUGCCACCGUCGUACGCCAGUCAGGUCGCACUCCAUGAGCGUGUGGCACAGGUGGACUUCUCCAGCCUACGGAUGCUAGCAAUGGGUGGAAGCUACGUUUCGGACGCACUGCGCGAUAAGCUCGACCAACUGCUGCCAAACGGGCGAACGUACAAUACGGUUGGUACGUCGGAAAUCGGAUGGGUCUCCACCGAUUUCGGCAAACGGAAGCCAGGCUCAGUCGGAACGCCGGUAGUCAACAUAGCCAUAAAGAUUAUCGACGAUGCGGGUAACGAUUUGGGGGUCGGUGAGAAGGGACAUGUAUUGAUUAAAGGACCCGAACCGUUCCUUGGUUACUACAAGAACGAAGAGGCCACGAGGGCGACAAUCGAAGAACGGGGAUUUACACGCUCUGGAGACGUGGGUUACUUCGACGAGGAAGGAUACAUGUACUUCAUCGACCGGGAGAAGGACAUCUUCAAGUACGGCGGGUUCCACGUCUCUCCAAGCGAGCUGGAGGCAAUCGUUGCCCAAAUUGAGGGUGUUUCGGAGGUUUGUGUCGUUGGUAUUCCAGCGGAUGCUGAGCAUACCACCGAACUGCCAACAGCAGUUAUCGUACGACGUGCUGGAAGCUCACUCAGUGCCAAGCAGGUGACGGAUAUUGUCGACCGGAAGGUGUCCGACUUUAAACGACUCCGUGGGGGAGUUUAUUUCAUGGAUCAGUUACCGAAAACACAGACCGGGAAAAAUUUGCGCCGUAAGGUGUUGGAGAAGGUGAUGAGUUUGGUGGAGGGCAACAAUGUAGAUGCUUAA